GUGACUAGUGAUACUUAUUUAACCAUCUAUUCUCCAGGCCAACACGCCGCACCAUCUCCCGAGAGCCUUUCCAGACCCUCCCUGAAGAAGCCGAGGCCAGGGUGCUGGCAGGAGUUUUUAAUCAACGUUCCUGGGCUUGAAGGAGUAGAAUGGCACAGACAGAGGCUGGCAUCCUUUCUCGGGAUCGACUAUCACCCACGGAGAUGCGGAUUAGCCGGAGCCAAAAUCCCGAGUGAGAAAAGGAUGCAGCCACAGUUGACAGAGCUGCAAGAUGAAGAGAAAUGGAUGGGGAGAGAUAUACUAGGCCAGAGAGGCCAGGCUUGUAGACUCCCGGAGUCAAGGCCUGAGAAAGUCCUCAAAGGGAAGCCUUGUGACUAUUACUCGGAGAGGUGGCUGGUGAAGUGGAGAGGCUGCCUCAGUAGCCAGAGGCAGAGCCUG